UACCCAAUGCUGUGGGCUUGAGCAAAGCGAAUGACGUCUCUGCAUUUGCGGGCCGCCGACGCAGGGCUGGGUUUCCAUUUUCCGAGCGAGUUUCGGGGGGGAUCGUCAACAUGGAGCCGGAGAUGGAGGACAAAACGUUGGAUCUGAUGUGCUCUGUGCCUCGCUCUCUCUGGCUGGGCUGCUCCUCGGUGGCUGAGAGUUUGUGUGCACUCAGGUGCCUGCAGAGCAUCCCCUCCACCCGGGCUCACAACCAGAAUACGUCAGGGAUGGAGUCACAGAAUCUAGUGGAUGACCUUUCGCCAAAGAAGAACACAGUCCUCAAGCUUAAUAACGGUCCUGUUGUGGGGUCCCGCAAGCGUCCGUCAGAGGGGAACUACGAGAAAGAGAAGGAACAUUGCAUCGCCCUGUUCGACCAGUGGUCAGAGGCUGACCAGGUGGAGUUUGUAGAGCGUCUGAUCUCUCGAAUGUGCCACUACCAGCAUGGCCACAUUAACUCCUACCUCAAACCCAUGCUACAGAGAGACUUCAUUACAGCGUUGCCAGCCCAAGGCUUAGAUCACAUAGCAGAAAACAUCUUGUCUUUCCUGGAUGCACGUUCACUUUGUGCAGCAGAGCUGGUGUGUAAGGAGUGGCAAAGGGUCAUCUCUGAGGGUAUGCUGUGGAAGAAGCUCAUAGAGCGCAUGGUCCGCACUGACCCACUAUGGAAAGGACUGUCCGAAAGACAUCAGUGGGAGAAAUAUCUGUUCAAAAAUCGCACAUCCGAAGUCCCACCCAACUCUUAUUAUCGCUCCCUUUAUCCCAAAAUCAUCCAAGACAUAGAGACAAUUGAGGCUAACUGGCGGUGUGGCAGACAUAAUUUGCAAAGGAUUCAGUGCCGCUCAGAAAAUAGUAAAGGGGUUUAUUGUCUCCAGUACGAUGACGACAAGAUCAUCAGUGGCCUUAGGGACAAUUCUAUCAAGAUAUGGGAUAAACAGUCACUGGAGUGUCUGAAGAUUCUGACUGGUCACACAGGUUCAGUGUUAUGCCUCCAGUAUGAUGAGAGGGUCAUCGUCACUGGGUCAUCUGACUCAACUGUAAGGGUGUGGGAGGUAACGACGGGUGAGGUACUGAACACGCUGAUCCACCACAACGAGGCCGUGCUUCAUUUACGCUUCGCCAAUGGCCUCAUGGUCACGUGUUCCAAGGACCGCUCGAUCGCUGUGUGGGACAUGGCCUCGCCAACCGACAUUAGCUUACGGCGCGUCCUCGUGGGACACCGGGCGGCUGUCAACGUGGUCGACUUUGACGACAAAUAUAUUGUGUCAGCCUCAGGGGACCGUACCAUCAAGGUAUGGAGCACCAGCACCUGUGAAUUUGUCCGCACUCUGAACGGCCACAAGCGGGGCAUUGCUUGUCUACAGUACCGGGAUCGACUGGUUGUCAGCGGCUCAUCUGACAACACAAUUAGGUUAUGGGACAUUGAGUGCGGGGCAUGUUUGCGAGUGCUGGAGGGUCAUGAAGAACUGGUGCGUUGCAUCCGCUUUGACAACAAGAGGAUUGUCAGUGGCGCUUACGAUGGUAAAAUCAAAGUGUGGGACUUGCAAGCCGCCUUGGACCCACGAGCCCCUGCAAGCACACUAUGUCUGCGUACUUUAGUGGAGCAUUCUGGCCGGGUGUUCCGUCUGCAGUUUGAUGAGUUCCAGAUCAUCAGCAGCUCUCACGACGACACAAUUCUGAUCUGGGACUUUUUGAACGUCUCAACCAAUGGCCAGUCAGAGGGACGGUCUCCUUCCCGCACCUACACGUACAUUUCUAGAUAGCAGGUGGCUCCAUCUACUGCACCCUGUCUUGUUGGAGCCCAGGGCUGAUUCAGCUGAUGGGUGCAUCAAUCAUGGAACGGAGCCCAUCUCUUCUCCUUCCUCUUCGUCAUCUCUCUGUCCACCUCCUAGCCUGCUCGCACCUCCUUUCCGUCCGUUCCGCCCAAUUCUGAAUGGACCUCUAAACAUGUGCCCGUUUUCUACCAGCGCUGAGCAUGCCCGGGCAGUAGAACCAACGCCACUUUCUCCAGGAAGAUCACCUUCUACUAAUUUAUCUUUUGUAAACUAAUGACAGUAUUAACAGACAAUAUAUAAGUCACAGGUUCCCUUCUCUCCCUGCCCCCGAAAUUUAUGAAGCUUCUGCUCUUCAGUUUCCACGCCCUGCCAAAAGAGGCUCUCCAGAUAAGGAAUUACUUAUAGUUCUAUUUAUAUAUUACAUAUACAUACAUGCAAAUGCACACAGAGUGGCACAGCUGGACAGAGGAUGGCUGGAGCUGUAACGCAGGAGAAAGAGACUCUUUACUCAGCUCCAGAAAAAGGAGAGAAGGAUGGGAAAGACGGAGGGACUGCAUGAGGUUGAGGUGUGUGCGUGCGCGCGUGCACACUCCCCUCUCGCUCCCUCCUCACCGUUUCUCUCUCAACAUUAUACAUCCCUUCCCGCUUCAUGUUCCCACCCUUCCAGCCCCCCCGAAAUGCACACUAGCUUGGAAUAUGGCGGCACACAAAAGUGAGUGUGAGCACGCUUGCUUAUGUGGACUUGGCAGAACAGAGCAAAGGUGUCAGACAUGCAUGUGAGGUUGCUACGGAUACAGCAUCCUGGCACACCUCUGCUAUAUUUUUCUCUCUUUAACCCUUAUUUUCUUACUGUGUUUUUUUUUUUUGUAUAAUUGGUUUUUUUUCUAAUUUUAUUUCGGUAUGUUUUGUUUCUUAGUACAAAAUUCAUACUAGUCUCAACCCUUUUUGCUGUCUUUCGUCAUUCUUUCUUCUAACUUCACUUCGUUUGUCUGUUCCUCCCACUCCACAUUUGAGCUUGCUUUGGUUAUGAGAGAAGCUGGAAUUCAUUCAAAUUUAGUUGUAAACAGAUUUGUCUUGUUAAAAAUUGUGUUGUAUAUUAAAAUGAUUUUUUAAAGAAGAAAAUGACCUUAUUGUGAAUAAAGUACUUGACAGUGAGUGUUGAGCCAACUGUAAUGCGGAUGAGUGUCUAUUGUUCUGUUGUGUGUUUGGGUGGAAAGUGUGGGCAGAUUUGCCCUCUGCCUCCUCUCCAUUUGCAAACACAAGACUUAAUAAAAUGUCUUUUCUAGCUGA